CGAAUGCAAAGGGAAUCUGAUUUGUCCACCUAUGCCACAAGGUUGUGCCUGUCACGCUGGCUGGAAAGGACUCGACUGUAAAACGGAAUGUGAAGCAGGCAAGUAUGGCGCUGACUGUCGGCAAAUUUGUCAUUGUGACGCUGCUCAGUGCGACCAUUCCAGAGGCUGUGAUGAGGACGCAACAUGUCACACUGGCUACAAUGGUACAAGAUGCUUAGAUUCAACCGCCAUUAUCAAAAUAAUUUGUGAGCACGAUACAGAUAAUUUGACGUGUGACUCUAUGUACACGAUACGCGUACGUACUGCAAUCUAUGGCCGAAUGCACCUUGGUGUGGUUUACUGCGAUUACUCAUCAACAGGUAACACAAAUUGCUCGAUCGACGUGUUUCAGGACAUCUCUGGGAAGUGUGAUGGUAAAAACAGAUGUACUAUAACGGCUUCAAAUGGCAAUUAUGGUGACCCUUGUGUGGGUACCUACAAGUACUUGAACAUUGAAUAUGAAUGCAUGAUAAUUUCUGAAGACAGUCCUACAUCCUUCAGAUGGCACACCACUCAUGGCAUUGUGCAUUCUAGUCAUCAUACGACGUGUAGUGUGAAAACUGAUGGUAACGUACUUAGUAUCAAAUUAACAUGGACCUAUAAUUCAUACUAUAGCUCCAUGGUAGAUUGUUUAGGCAUGGAGGAAUAUGUUUAGACUAAACUUAUUCGCCCAUGAUAGUUUAAGUCUUGUAUCAGUCAAUCGCGAACCCUGUUGGUAAAGAUGAUGAAGAAUGGUUGAUGUCAGUUAGUUAUACACACAUAUGCACUAACCCCU